CAUCAAGCCAUGCUGUGGCAGGCAUCCCACAUAUAAAGCAGAGGAAGAUGGGCACGGAUGUUAGAUCAGGGCCAGUCUUCCUCAGCAAAAAGUUCCCUAGUAGGGAGCUGUCAUUAGGGUCACCCAGGGUUCUCCAGGCUUGACAGGUGCUUCUGGGCUAGGAGGGGCUGCCAUUGGUGUCUGAGGGGCCCUAGGGAUGCCCCAAGCUGGAGGACUGGAGGUUGUCCUCAGGAGUCUUCUUGCCUCCUUUGAGGACAUUGGCUGUAGCUAGAAGCUCAGAACAGCCAGCGUGAGUUCACAGAACUCAUGUUCAUGUUCUGUUCAUGUUCAAGUUCACGUUCUGCCGAUUCACAGAACACUCCCCAAAGCCAAGCACUCCCUCAUCAAUGAAUAAGGGUGGCUUACUUCCAUCCCUUUGUGCCGAGAGGUCAGCACUGCCCAGGGCCUCUCAGUCACAUUCAUACCCUCAUCGUACCAGAGUCUUGCCUGAUACCCACCGCCCCCACAGCUGCCAGUGUUGAGGGGGCCUGGAUGUUGACCAGCUCAGCCCCCACACCUCCCAGUGUUGAGGGGGCCUGGAUGUUGCUCCAGCUGGUGGAGUCCAUGUGUUGAGAUGAGAGAUCAAGGAGGGUGUCUGCAGCAAUAGAAAGCAGGUGGGCUCCAGGCCCCACCCAAGACCUGGACCUUGACCUCCACCAGCCUCUCAACGCCACCCAGGUGGGCUGGGAUAGUCAGUUUCCUGGGGGCCUGGGCUUCCUCAUCUGUGAACCAGGCACAGUAACAGGGCUUCCCUAGAACCUGGGAGUCUGGUCUGGACUGUCUGAGGUGUGGGUAGGAGGGCUGAAUGCGUGUGUGACUGCGAGGCAGGGCCCAGUGCUGGAUCUGGUGCCCAGGGGUGAGGGCAGGUCCUCUGCACAGAGCACAGAGUAGGGGAGGCAGUGACAGCAAGUGAGUUGCAUCAAGUUCUGAGGGAAGGGACUUAGGCUGGAGAGGAGGUGAAGGCUUGGGUACCUGGGGACAAGGGCAUUGCUGUAGUGGCCCCCAGAGUAGUGCACUGGUCGUGUGUCAGGGUGUGAGGGCAGGGCAUGAGGCCUUGGCUUUGGGUGCAGGGCCCAAGAUGGCCCCACUCCUGGUAGGGUGCGUUGAUACACCACCUCAGCAAGGCUUAGGAUGAGGGGAUGAACACAGCUCUCUGAGGCCAGGUGGCCGCCUCAGCAUAGCCCAGGGCCACAGAAUCGCUCCUGUUCUGGGUAUUAGAGGCCUGGCUCAGCUCAUGGGAAGCCUUGUGUUUCCAUCCUGCUCUCAAUCCCAGACCACUGGAGUGGUUCCUAGCCGGGUUCCCUGGGACUGCCCCCUCCCCACCUUCAAGGCCCCUCCCAGGCACACCCAGGGUCCCCCUCCACCGGGCUCCCUCCCUUCCCAGGAAAGCAGGCCAAAGGGAUCCCCAUGCUUCCCUGUGAGCUCCUGCCCACCCUGCUGGCAGGCCCUGACUCUGCCUCAUCCAGUCCUCCAGCUAGGCAGUGGUUCCAGGCUGGGGUCCCUAAGGCAGGGUCAGAGCAAGGACUGAAGGCUGGUCAGCACUCAGCUGGGCAGCCUGUCACUCCCUCUGGCCCUCGUAGGUGCCAGCAGCUGGCUUGGUGCUCCUCUCAGCUGCCCACCAUGGCCCACGAACUGUCCAGCACCACCAGCCUGUCACACUUCUGCCAGAAGCUGAACCGGCUGAAGACACUGGAGGAGUCCACCACGGAGAGAUCGCUGCGGCACCACCUGACCAUGCUGGACCUGAUCCUGCUGGGCAUGGGUACCACGGGGAGUGUGGGCCUCUAUGUGCUUGUGGGCACUGUGGCCAAGGAGAUGGCCGGCCCUGCGGUACUUGUGUCUUUCGGCGUGGCUGCUGUGGCCUCCCUGCUGGGAGCCCUGUGCUAUGCAGAGUUUGGGGUACGUGUGCCCGGUAGGGGUUCUGCCUACCUGUUCACCUACGUGUCCAUGGGUGAGCUGUGGGCCUUCCUCGUUGGCUGGAACACGAUCCUGGGGUACCUCAUUGGUGUUGCCGCUGUAGCCCGAGUCUGGAGCAGCUAUGUGGAUGCCAUCUUCAGCCACCGCAUCCGCAGCUUCACCAUGGCCCAUGUGGGCAGCUGGCAGGUGCUGUUCCUGGCCCAGUACCCGGACUUCUUGGCUGCUGGAGUCAUACUUUUGGCCUCCGCAUUAGUCUCUUAUGGAGUUGGGGUCUCCUCCUGGCUCAACCGCACGUUCUCUGCCAUCAACCUGGUCGUCAUCCUCUUCAUCAUCAUCCUGGGGUUUAUGCUGGCCCGCCCACACAACUGGAGCGCUGAGGAGGGUGGCUUUGCACCCUUCGGCUUCUCCGGCAUCAUAGACGGCGCCGCUACUUGCUUCAUUGCCUUCCAGGGCUUUGGCGCCAUUGCUGCCUCCAGCAUGGAGGCCCAGAAUCCAAAGCGAGCCGUACCUAUAGCCAUCGCCAUCUCGCUUGGCCUGGCGGCUGGUACUAACAUCCUCGUCUCCGCUGCACUCACCUUCAUGGUGCCCUGGCGCAGCCUGGACCCUGACUUGGCACUCACUGAUGCCUUCAACCAGCGGGGCUACAGUUGGGCGGGCUUCAUCGUGGCAGCUGGUGCUAUCUGCGGUAAGAGGCCCUUCUGGGCAAGGAGGGAGGGGACAGGGUGGUGGGGCCCUGCCCUAAGCCUCCCUGGGAACACAGCUCCAUCUGGGCCCGUGUUCCCAGUUGCAUCCUGGGCCCAGAAAGGUGCUAAUGAUUAGACUCUCCACCCAGGCUUGUUGGGAGG